AUAAUAAAGGUCUUCAAUUUAUAAAAUAUUCACAAAAAAAUGAUCAGGAUGGUGUUGAUAGAAAACUAGAUGCUUUUAUUGUUCUUGUACCACCAGAUCCAGAUAGUUAUCAAGGACCAAUUUAUGAUUUUAAAUACUAUUUCUCUAAAAGGCCUAAGGAUUUUAAUUGCAAAUAUUUACAUUUGCAAAUUAAUAAAAAAAAUGUUCCCCUUGUUAUAACAAUGUCUAUUACAGGCCAUAAAAGUGAAUCUUCAUAUAGAAUUUAUGCACAUCCAUCAAAUAAACAAAAGGAAGAAAUGUUAUCUCAACUGAUCAGUAGUGUAGGAACAUUACCUUCAUCAAAUAAUCAAGUAGCAACACCACUAAUUAAAGAUAAAUCAUCUUUAACUAAACCUUUCUGUCAACUUCUUUCAGCAAAAAAUCUUCCUUUACAUAUUAAUGCAUCCAAACCUGUGCUUACUCUUGGCAGUUGCCAACUUAUUUGCAGAAAUAGUAAACUAACACAAGAAUCUAAAGAUCAAGAAUUUAAAGUAAAUAAUGAUGCCAGCAUGAUUAUAAAGAAUUAUUAUAUUAAUGCUGGACACAUUACUAUUAAUUAA